CCUUACUUUGGCAAACAAAGCCUCUCUCUCUUUCUCUCUCGUCUCUCAGCUUUUUCAGUUUGCCUUCAGACAGACACAUCUGAAACCCCAUAACUCAUAAAGCUCACUUCUUUCCAUAAAACUCCCCACUCCACAAAAUUUUGUUCUUUUCCAAAAUGGUCGACGUCGAUCGGAGAAUGACCGGUCUCCGGCCAGCUCACGCGGCGGGUCUCCGUCGUCUCUCAGCUCGCGCCUCCGCACCAACGACUCCAACGGUGAGGAACAGCCUCGUAUCUUUCUCGUCUCUCGCCCACCAAGUCAUCUCACACUUACACACUUCGAGGAUCCACGUCCAACCGGGUCUAACCGACGCAGAGUUCGCCAGAGCCGAAGCCGAGUUCUCGUUCUCUUUCCCGCCGGAUCUCCGCGCCGUUCUCGCCGCCGGCUUACCCGUCGGAGCCGGUUUCCCGGACUGGCGUUCUCCCGGAGCCCGUCUCCAUCUCCGAGCCAUGAUCGAUCUUCCCGUCGCCGCCGUGUCGUUUCAGAUCGCGAGGAACAGUCUCUGGAGCAAGUCUUGGGGCCCGAGACCGUCUGACCCGGAAAAGGCCUUGCGGGUCGCGAGAAACGCUCUCAAGAGAGCUCCUUUGAUGAUUCCCAUCUUCGAUCACUGCUUUAUUCCUUGUAAACCGUCUUUAGCGGGUAACCCGGUUUUCUACAUCGACGAGACCCGGAUUUUUUGUUGCGGGUCGGAUCUAUCCGAUUUCUUCGAGCGUGAGUCUGUCUUCAGAGGAUCCGGUUUGUCUCCGGUUGUUCUCACUAAGCAGCGUUCUGUUAGCGAGAUAACCGCCGGGUCUUCCUCCUCGUCGAAUUUCUCUAGAAUGAGUUUGGACUCGGGUCGGGUUCGCGGGUCGGGUGCACCGAGAUGGGUUGAGUUUUGGAGUGACGCGGCGGUGGAUCGUCGCAGGAGAAACUCGGCUUCUUCGAUGUCGUCGUCACACUCUUCGUCGCCGGAGAGAUACCUAGACUUACCGAGAUCCGAGCCGCCGAAAUGGGUGGACGAAUACGUUAACCGGAUCGGGUCGGUUUUAAGAGGAGGCGGGUGGAGCGAAUCCGACGUAGAUGAUAUCGUCCACGUGUCGGCAUCUGGGUUCUUUGAGGAUGAAAUGGUGAUUUUGGAUAAUCAAGCGGUUUUAGAUGCUUUGCUUCUGAAAGCGGGUCGGUUCUCGGAGUCGCUCCGUAAAGCUGGUUGGAGCUCCGAGGAAGUGUCGGACGCAUUGGGUUUUGAUUUUCGACCGGAGAAAGAGAGGAAACCGGUGAAGAAACUGUCUCCUGAGGUCGUUAAAAGAAUAGGGAAACUUGCCGAGUCGGUUUCUCGGUCAUGAUAAUACUCCCCGACGAAAUUUAUUUUUCUUAGAUCAAAAAUACCGUAAUACUGUAGUUUUUAAAAGUUUUCAAAAGGUUUUAAAUAGUAUUUGCAGUCAUA